AUCAAGUCUAAACAAAAUUAGACUCAUGCCUUUUUACGUAGCAUUUUUAUUUAUAAAUACAAACAUUCACAUAUUCUUAGGACAUUCAUUAUAACACUACACUUCCCAAGCCUUAUUACAAGAGAUUGAAAAAAAAAGAUGGUUUUUUGAAAUAAUUAUUAGAGAGACAUUUAUAGAGUUCUAAUGUAUAGGCAUCACAAGCAAAAAUCUAAAUCUUCCCAACUUAACAAUAAUAACAAUUUCUCGGCUAUGAAGAUGUUCAACCGUUUUCGAAAGGUGUUUAUGAGGUUGAUGUUCUCUUUUCCUUCAAAAACUGGCGUUGCUCGGGGUUCAUCCGAGGGGUUUGUGUCUCGAAGGCAAUCUUGUGAUCGCCCUGAACCUCCAAAGACUUCAUGUAGCUCAUCAUAUUAUUCUCCCAACUCUCAUUAUUCAGAGGCUAUUGCGGAUUGCAUUGAGUUCUUUAAUAAAUCGUCUCAAGAAGGAUGUUUGAAUGAAAGAAAUUUGGAUGUGGUUGUUUGAUGAACUCAUGCAUUCAAGUCAUGUUUUGUACUUCACAAUAUGAUUAUGUUUUCCAUAAUGCAAUCGAGAUCUCUCCGCUGUUAUUACUUCAAA